GGUGAUGAUGAGGGAGGAUGACUAUAUUGUGAAUUAGUGUCUGGUACUUUAGUUCAGAGCUCGUCAGGGACAGACAGGCACGAUGCGCGUUGACUCGCUGUGGCUGGCAUCUGUUGUCGUUUCAUUACCGCUCCUCUCUCUCUGCACCCCUCUGUACAUUCUCUCGGCGCCCAAUAUACUGAAGGUGGGGUCCCCAGAGAAAGUGUUCGUGGAGGCGCAGGACUACUCUGGAGCCAGUCUGAAUGUUAGAAUCUCAGUAAGAAGCCCUAAAGAUAACAGCCGUGAAGUGGCGAGCGCGUCGGCUACUCUGACACCCGCCAAGAACUACCAGGAUCUGGUCGAGAUCGAGAUACCCGGAAAUGCAUUUUCCUUUGAGAAAGGAGUGCAGCAAUAUGCCAUCCUGCAAGCCCAGUUUCCACAGAAGCUGCUGGAGAAAAAGGUCAUGGUGAUCUUUCAGUCUGGACACAUAGUUUUACAGACAGACAAGACCAUCUACACUCCAGACAGCACAGUUUAUUAUCGGGUGUUUUCACUGAGUCCAGGCAUGACACAGCCUGUGGAAAGUGGAGUCAGAGUGGAGAUCUUGACACCUGAUGGCAUCAGCCUUGAGAGCAAAUCUGUUUAUCCUGGUGGAGGAAUGGUGUCAGGAACCUUCAGCCUGACGGAUCCGGCCAGCCCAGGGUUGUGGAAACUUGUGGCGUGGCACCAGAACAGCCCACAGAAGAACUUCUCCAGUGAGUUUGAAGUCAAAGAAUACGUUCUUCCAAGCUUCGAGGUGUCUUUGAGUCCACAGAAAGCCUUCUUCUACGUGAAUGAUGACAGUCUUACAGUCGAUAUUGAAGCCAAGUAUUUGUUUGGAGAGACGGUCAAUGGCCAUGGAUUUGUUGUAUUUGGUGUGGUGACUAAAGAUAAAGGGAAGAUAAGUAUACCAGGCUCCUUACAGAGAGUGCAGAUCUGGGAUGGAAGAGGAACAGCAGAGCUGAGAAGAAAGCACAUCCUACAGACCUUCCCAAACAUCAUGCAGCUUGUCGGCCAGUCACUGUAUGUUACAGUGAGCGUGUUAACCCAGUCUGGCAGUGAAAUGGUGGAAGCACACAAGAAAGGGAUUCAGAUUGUGACGUCACCGUACACCAUCCACUUCAAAAGAACACCACACUUCUUCAAACCUGGAAUGCCCUUUGAUGUCUCGGUCUACGUAACAAAUCCUGACCAAACACCUGCUAAAAAUGUGGAAGUGGAGGUCAAUCCUGGAGGGGUCAGAGGUCAAACAAGAGACAAUGGCAUUGCGAAGACAACCGUCAACACUCCAGAAGGAUCUUCUACACUAGAGAUCACUGCAAAGACCAAAGAUCCACAAUUAAGCAGUGAUCAGCAGGCAGUGAAGAAGAUAACGGCUCAGGCUUACAAGCCCAAAGGCAGCUCUAACAACUACCUGCACAUCGGCAUUGGGGCUGCAGAGCUUCAGAUCGGUGAUCAAAUGAAAGUCAGUCUGAACUUAGGAAGAAGUCCAGGAGUGAGAGAUCAAGAUUUCACCUACAUGGUCUUGAGUAAGGGUCAGAUUGUUCAAGUGGACAGGUUUAAGCGAAGAGGACAAUCUCUAGUGUCUCUGUCUCUGCCUGUAACCAAAGACAUGGUGCCAUCCUUCCGCUUUGUGGCUUAUUACCAUGUGGGGUCGUCUGAGGUGGUGUCUGAUUCAGUCUGGGUCGAUGUGAAGGACACCUGCAUGGGAACGCUUAAAGUGGAAGUUCACGAUCCAGUCAAUGUCUAUGAGCCCGGUGAAGACUUUGGCCUGAGAAUAACAGGAGAUCCUGGGGCCAAAGUUGGGUUGGUGGCUGUGGAUAAAGGUGUUUAUGUUCUGAACAACAAGAAUAGAAUAACUCAAACAAAGAUCUGGGAUGUCGUUGAGUCACAUGAUAUUGGCUGCACAGCAGGAAGUGGAAAAGGCAGUAUGGAAGUUUUCAGCGAUGCUGGCCUGCUGUUUGAGUCCAGCUCUGCUGGAGGCACUGGCAUCAGGACUGAAGCUGAAUGCCAAUCUUCAUCACGAAGAAAAAGACGAGAAGUAACCAUAGUACAUCUCCAGCAGUCUCUAGUGAACAAAUACUCUGACUCUGAGAGAGAAUGCUGUUUGGAUGGAAUGAAGAAACUGGAUGAUUACACCUGUGAGUAUCGGGCAUCUUUCAUUGUGGAUGGAGAGGAGUGCAGACGGGCUUUCCUGCACUGCUGCACUGAGAUGGCCACCCAUAACAAAGAGUCAGCUGAAGAAAUGAUUAAUAGCCGCAGUGAAAGCGAGGAUUUUGUGAACUCUGAUGACAUUGUGACACGUACGCUCUUCCCUGAAAGUUGGCUUUGGGAGGAAGUGGUGUUGCCCAAAUGUUCAUCACUGAACCGCCAGUGUCAAACAACCACCUUACCCAGGGAUGCACUCAAGCUGAAAGACUCCAUAACCACCUGGGAAAUCACAGCCAUCAGCUUGUCCAGCACUCAUGGUAUCUGUGUGGCAGAUGUCCAUGAGAUGACAGUGGUGAAGAACUUUUUUAUUGACCUAAAGCUGCCAUAUUCAACCGUGCGCAAUGAGCAAAUUGAAAUCAAGGCCGUUAUACACAACUUGUACAGCAGAAGAGUAAAGGUACGUGUGGAACUGAUGGAAACCAAAGACAUCUGCAGCCCGGCUAGCAAGAGAGGAAAGUCCCAUACCAUUGUGACAGUAGAUGCUAAAUCAUCAUAUUCUGUACCUUUUGUCAUCGUCCCAUUAGCUUUGGGACGCCAUGCCAUUGAAGUGAAGGCAGCUGCUGCAGGACGUGGCAGUGACGGCGUGAAGAAAGAUCUCCUAGUGGUGUCUGAAGGCGUUUUGACCAAACUUAAUGAAAAUCUACAAUUCAGUCCUUCUAUGAAAGGUGGUGAACAUGUGGAGGUUAUCAAGAGCCUUAUACUAAGGGAUCAGGCACCCAACACACCUGCGAGCACAUAUGUAUCAGCAAUAGGAGAUACGAUCAGUAUAACAAUAGAGAAGGCUAUUAGCGGUCAGGCCAUGGGUUCCUUGAUUAUCCAGCCUGGUGGAUGUGGGGAGCAGAACAUGAUUAGCCUAACGAUGCCUGUCAUUGCGACAUAUUACUUGGACAAAACCAAUCAGUGGCACACCGUGAGGGCUGGACUUAGGCAGACAGCAGUUACGUACAUCACAAGAGGUUACAAUCAACAGUUGGCAUAUCGUAAAAAUGACGGGUCCUAUGCCGCAUGGAUUAAUCGUUCAAGCAGCACCUGGUUGACAGCAUAUGUUGCUAAAGUAUUUGCCAUGGCCAGUAACAUCGUAAACAUAGACCGGAAUGUGAUCUGCUCUGCUCUCAAGUGGCUCAUACUGAACAAGCAGUUACCUGGUGGUGUUUUCAGAGAAGAUGCCCCUGUAAUUCACGGAGAGAUGACUGGGAACAUACAUGGGGGAAAUUCACAAGCAUCCAUGACGGCUUUUGUGCUCAUUGCCCUGCAGGAGGGGAGGGGCAUUUGUGCCGGCCAAAUCUCAAGUCUUGACAGUAGCAUAUACAAAGCCACUGUGUACCUCAGAUCUCAGUUACAUGGUCUGACAAAUCCUUAUGCAGUGGCAAUGACAUCUUAUGCUCUUGCCAAUGGAAAUGCACUUGACAAACAAGUCCUGUUGAGAAAAGCCUCUGCAGAUGGAAGUCACUGGCCUGUCCCUGGAAGCAGUAGCUUUACUUUAGAGGCUUCGGCCUAUGCGCUUCUGGCUCUUGUAAAAGUUCAAGACUUUCAGAGUGCAGCUCCCAUCGUAAACUGGCUCAACAACCAGAGGCAGUACAGUGGAGGAUAUGGCACGACUCAGGCCACCAUCAUGGUGUUUCAGGCCGUAGCACAGUACAGGAUUCAUGUGAAAGAGAUAAAGCAGUUAGACCUGGAGAUGACGAUCCGAGUGGAAGGCAGCCGGCAGCCGAUUGUGUGGAAGUUCAGCAAAGACAACUCUCAUCUCGCACAGACAGAAAAGAUUCCAUCCAAUAGGCAGAUCACCAUCAGUGCCAAGGGUUCUGGAGAGGCCUCUGUAACUGUUGUGACUGAGUACUAUGCAAAACCAAAAGAAAGCAAAAGCACUUGCAACUUUGAGCUUUCUUUGGCUUUUGAAAGGGAAAAUAAAGUAACAUAUCAAGGAGCAACUGAGAGUUACAAAAUCAUUAUCAAUACCAGAUAUCUGUCUGCUGACAGAGACGCCACCAUGUCUAUAUUGGACAUAUCUUUAUUGACAGGAUUUGUUGUGGAUGAGAAUGAUCUUAAGGCGCUGUCAACUGGACAUGACAGGAUGAUUCAGAAAUUUGAGAUGAACAAGCAGCUUUCAGAGCGAGGAUCCCUCAUCCUCUACCUGGACAAGAUUUCUCAUACCAGGAAAGAUAAGAUUUCAUUCCGGCUGCACAGAAUAAUGAACGGAGGCUUCCUUCAACCAGCAGCAGUCACUGUAUAUGAAUACUACUCUAUAGAAAAUCGCUGUGUGAGGUUUUAUCAUCCAACCAGGAAGGAAGGAGCUCUUCAGAAAAUCUGUAAGAACGAUGUCUGUCAGUGUGCCGAAGAAAACUGCAGCCUUCAAAAGAAGGAGAAAAUUCUUGAGGCUCACCGUAAUAAGAAAGCCUGUGAUCCUAAAAUAAAUUACGUUUAUAAAGCGGUUGUUUUGAGAGAACAUGAGGACGCCUUAACAGUCUAUUACGACGUGAGGAUUGAACACGCCCUCAAAACAGGUCCAGAAGUUGUCGUGGAGGGGGAGCAGCGUACCUUCUCCUUACAGAUCUCUUGCAAAGAAGCUUUGAACAUGAAGCGAGGUGAGAGCUAUCUGAUCAUGGGCCAGGCUGAUGAUGUCCAACUGGUGCACAGAAUUGGUCAGUAUGCUCUGGGCGAGAGGACGUGGUUGGAGUUUUGGCCCAGCUUGGAGGAGAGCAAGACUAGCGCUGAACUCAGAGAAAAAUACAACGGCAUGUUGAGUCUCCAGCAGGAUCUGCACUUCGGCUGCAGCUAAUGAGUCAUACGCCAGACUAUUGCUUUGAGAUGCUCAGUGACUAAAUUAAACAUUAUAAAACAGAAAAAAUUGCUUAAUUUUCAACUUUAAAUGUUUGUUAAACGUGAGUUAAUUUUGACUUUUGCUCUUUUUUAGCAAUCAUUCUGUUACUCAGUGAUGAAUUAAUGUAUACCUAAGCAUGACUUGCUUACACCACCAUUCUUAAGGUGUUGGGACACAUGCAUGUCUAAGCAAAUUUCCAUAAUAAAUGUGGUCAAGCAAGA